AUGAACAGAGGAAAUGAAAGUACCGUGCCUGAAUUCUUCCUGCUAGGAUUCUCCAACCUGAAAAAGCUCCAGCUGCUACUUUUCCCUAUUUUCUUUCUUGCAUAUAUUGUAAUCCUUAUCUCAAACAUCAGCAUCAUGACAGCUAUCACAGUGACUUGGAGCCUCCACACCCCCAUGUACUUCUUCCUCUUUGCUCUAUCCUUCUCAGAACUCUGUAGCACCUUUGUCAUCAUCCCAAAAACACUGGUGAAUCUGCUGGUGGAAAAGAAGACUAUUUCUGUCAUUGGAUGUGCAACACAAAUGUUUGGCGGCUUUGGUUUUGGAGCAAUUAAUUGUUUCUUGCUGACAGUCAUGGCUUAUGACCGCUAUGUGGCCAUAUGUCACCCACUGCAAUACUCAGCCAUGAUGAACAGGAAGGUUUGCAUUCAGCUGGUUACUAUUUCCUGUGUAACUGGCUUCCUCAUAUCACUAACCAUUAAUUCUUUAGUAUUCAGUUUGCCCCUUUGUGGGCCAAGGACAAUUGGACAUUUCUUCUGUGAUGUUAAACCAGUUCUGAGGCUGGCAUGUGGUGCCAUAUACCUUGCUGAGAUUGUGGUUGUUUCUUUAUGCGCUUUUGUUAUAGUGGGAACAUUCACAGUGAUAAUCAUUUCCUACACCUACAUCCUCUCUGCCAUCCUUAAGAUCCACUCUGUUGCAGGAAGGUGCAAAACUUUCUCCACGUGUUCCUCCCACCUCACAGUGGUGGUAACACAUUAUGGUUGUGCAUCUUUUGUGUAUUUAAGACCUAAGUCAUCCUCCUCCCUCGAUGAAGACACUCUGAUCUCUGUGGGUUAUCUCCUGCUGACCCCUUGUUUGAACCCCAUGAUUUAUAGCCUGAGGAAUAAGGAAGUAAAAUUUGCUCUAAAGAAAUUAGUGCUCAAUUCAUUGUGUUUUUUUUUAAAAAAGGUGAAGGGUGGCCAUCUGUGA